AUGGUGCCUUAUCACAGAUCACAGUCCCGGAUCAUAAAGUCCAGUGGCAGUCGCUUGGGCAUCCGCUGGGCAGACGUCUCCGCUGUCUUUCGAUACAUCGUCUGGUGCCUAGCAGGAGCCGUGUUCAAGCUCUGGCAUCUGAACCCCGUCUCUCUGAUACUACGGCGCUGGCGCCAGCUGCACCACCUCAACACCCGGAUGACGCUCAGGGUCAGACCCAGGCUGAUAGACUUGGCUACUGACUUCUUUCUCUCAGACGACAGGCGCAAGCGGCAGUUGCUAAGUUGGGUCAAGUCCAUUCUGCCUUGGCUGGAAGAAGAGGUGUUUGACUUCACCGCCUGCUGGCAGGACGGGAUAGCUCUGUGUGCCUUGAUGGAGGCCAUCAGUCCUGGGGCGUGUCCAAAGUUUAACCUGCUCAAGGCACACCAUCGGGUCAACAACUGCAGACUGGGUCUCCAGCUGGCUAUGCGGUAUCUGCAUGUCACUGAGCUGCCUCUAAGCCCCGAAGAGAUGGCCAUUGCCGAAGAGGAUUCCGAGGUGAAGAUCUGCCAUCUGGUCCAGCUUCUCAAAUGGAAGUACCAGAAACAGGGGAGCAAACCAGCAUGCAAGUGCCAGGCUCGCGGGACGGGACUCAAGGCUGGAAUUGUUGGGAAGCGAACCAAGUUCAACAUCCUGACUGAACGUCUGGCAAACCUAGAUCUGGUGAUUGAGAUCAGGGGGCCCAAUAAAGAGGUAUGUCUCUGA